AAAAUCAGAAUAACAAUGCGGACACUAAAAUGAUGCAACAAAACAGUCAAGUUCCAGAAAAAACCAAAAAAGUGCAAAAACUCGAACAUGUGGGAAGUAAGGGUAGAACGUCAAAAGCAUCAAUGAAAACGAUAAAUGCUACGGUAGGAAAUAAGGAUUCGUUAUUAAGUACCAUUACCACAACGCCGGACGUUGCUGUUGCCGCUACUAGAAUGAGCUCUUCGAUGAAGAAAAACAACGAUAAUAAAGACAAUUUAAAAUCAAAUGAUCAACCAUUGACCAAAAGUUCGUCGUCGAUCGCCGUUACGAAUCAGACAAGUACUACGUUUGGUAGCGUGCGAGGUGUUAAUAGCUGCGUCGGUAAUGUGACCCACGAAAGUAGUGCAAAAGUAAAGGAUUAUUCUGUAAAAAAGUUUUCUAACGAAAUCGAUUCGAAAUUAAAUAAUUAUCAAAUGCAGGUGGAUUACAAAGAAACGUCUGUAACGAAUCAGGAUUACAAAAGUCGAAGUAGCAACACAAUGACCAAUUUGCCAACGAGAUUUUCUAAUCAAACGUCCAUCCAAGCUUUGCAUCGAGAAAAUCAUAUGACUUUUAAUGUUCAUUCUCGUCCAGUGUCCAGAAACGAUAAUACAGCAUUUGCAGUGGCUAGAAAGGCUUUGGAGCAACAGAAUCCAGUAGCAAAAAUGGCACCAAUCAAUUUCCCUCCAUUGCGCGCACCACAGAGUAUAGUUAACGUGCGGCAUCCAUCUGUAACCGAAGCUAGGAUAAAGCACAACGAGAUAAGUGGUCUAAAUAUGAAGUCAAAAUUGAACGUAUCAAGCUCUUUGCAAGGUGGCAUGAAAGAUUUGGAACAUAGCAGGCAAACUUUUCAUAAUUAUGGUACCUCGCAAAUUGCUGGGAUACCGAAUGUUCAGAAUCUGAGCAACGUUACGGCAAACAUUUCGGCAUAUCCUAGGCCUGAUUCAUUUCCACAGCCAACCGUUGCUAGUGUGCUAUUCCCGGAGACAGCACAGUUUCCACAAUCUCCUCCGUUCAGUACAACGCAAAUUGGUCAACUAAAUCAAUAUCAGACUUAUGAUCCUAGUAGUUUUGCUACUACCCCAGUGAGCGUUAAUCCGGUGAUUCCUCAGUUCUCAGCGGAAAGUUCUAUGCCAUAUCCGCAAUACGAGAAUCCUCCUCAAUUCGUGCAACCAAAUCAUUAUCCACCCGCCGAUAUGGCGAGCAGUCAAUAUCAAUAUCAACCUCCAGGAGUUGGUCAAAUACAAGAUUCACCGAUGUUCAUCCAAAGCCUCCAAAGUCCAAUAACCGUAGCGGAUCAAUACGCAGCAGCUCCGAAUUAUGCCAGGGCAGUCAGGGCCGAGCUGAUGCCUCGUCUGAGAAGACCACCAAGAUUUAAUAAGUAAAUUAGAGAUAUUUUCCAAUGACACUAAUUUCUACCGUUCUAUCAAAAUACUCUAUCAACGAAAACUGGAACUUGUACUGUUAGAUAUGUGACUUUUGGGAGUCGACUAUGGGACACGACUUUAUGUUCUUUUUUUACACUUCGAUAUUUAAUCUAGACUCUCUCAGUAUAGAUAUAAUAUCUAAAUAAGUCUCUUAUAUCGAAGGGCUUUCUUUUUGUUUUUUUUUUUCUACGUAGGUUGCGACACGUCCAUGUCGAAUUUAUUCAUAUAACCAUAAUUAAUCCUCGUAUAAUCUCGCGAGAAAAAGAUGAGGUAAAAAUUAUUUCAAUUAUUGAUCCAACUUGAAAUGGAUUUUAACUAAUCUAAAUCGUGAUAGCGAUUUAAUCGUCUAAGAUAACGAUAGGAUAUAAUAGGUAUUUGAAUGAAUUCGCAAAGAAUAAGGACAUCGCAUAUUGGGCAACCAUUUCAGUAUGAACUUUGAUUAAAUGAUAUUAAAUCGACGUCGCCAAAAAUUUUCUAAUACGCCAUUGAUAAGUGACACGGCAGGGGACAGCGCUUUAAGUUCGACUAUAAACAAUAAUAUGGCGUAAUUUAUAAUUGUUGCGAAUAUAUACGAACGAUGAGGGAGAAAGAAAAAAAAAAAAAAAGAAAAAUGAAACAAGAAACAAAGAAAAGAAAAAGAAAAUGAAGA